AUGUCCAAGAGGAACAUAACCUACACGAAGCCCGAAGAACCCGAAUUCCUCAAGAAAAUCAAGCAGCAAGCGGGCUACAAGGAAGGCCCCACCGUCGCCACAAAAAGCGAGCAGCUGGGCCCCGCCGAGGACUUAGACUGUGACGAGGAGCAGCCCACCGUCGUGGUCUUGAACGAGGGCGACCUGACCGCGGAGGAGGCCCAACGCGAAAAAGCCAGGCUGGAAAGGGGUAAGUCGCAAGCGCCCUACCUUCUUGGCCCCCGAACGCCGGAAAAGCGCCCAUUUUGCGCCAAACACCACUCCGCGGAUUAA